AUGUCAAGUUUUUCAAGUGCCGCUACCCCCCUAGAACCACGACUUUCUCUUUCGAGUCAACAGCCUGUGGCGAAACCAGUCCGUAAGCGCGAUAAAAUCCAAUUGUCUUGUACCUUCUGCAGGAGGAAAAAGUAGCUGAUCCUCUCAGUCUCAUUUGCCCAAAGCUAAUGACCCUCGUAGGCUAAAGUGUGAUCGAAACCAACCGUGUCGUACCUGCGUAGGUCGAGGAGUUGGCCGUUCAUGUACAUAUAUUCAGAACUCUCCCAAGUUUAGAUCUUUACCAGCCCGGGUGUCACAGAGUACGCAGAACAGCCAGAUACAAAACAAAAUCAGUCAGCUUGAAGAGCUUGUUGUUUCGCUAAUGGGCUCUCUGAAUGCUACCAAAGCGGUUCAGCCACCACCAAAUUCUAUAGAACCUACAGGAGAAAUAGAACGAUCAGGGUCCGCAGAAACCCACGUUCUUAAUCAAGAAAGUUUAGCAGAUAAUUUCGGCCGUAUUACCCUGGAAAACGCAGGUACGAAGUAUGUGGAUAAUACACACUGGACGGCGAUUCUUGACGGAGUAAGUCUUGCUUCGUCUUUCAAAAUUUAACCUCAUCGCUUCAUGCAUGUUACACUCAACCAAAGAAACCUUCCUUGUUUGAUAUACACACUCUCCCAGUGGACGAAAGAGAUGGCAAAAAAACUCUGGAUCUUCACACAAAUUGGUUCAAAUAUUUAAUUAUUCCAGUUGAUUAAGAUGUAAAGAACAAUUACCCGAUAAUCCCAGCAUUAUUGUUGUAAUUGGUUUUAUAUAUGUUGAUAAUUGAAAUAUUCAGAGUCAAAUUACGACAAUAGGAAGAAAGAGAACUUUUGCUACCUCCUUGUCCACUGAGAGAAAUACCGUCAUCACAGCCAGAUACAUUUUGUAUCUCAAUUUUCAUUUCAUGAAUGCUGACUCAACUACUAGAUUUCAGAAUUGAAAGAUCAUUUUGUGGAAGAUCCGGUACUCACAUAUGAAAUUCCUCCCGAGUUGCAAGAAAAUUCACAAGAGACGCCCUUGCUACUAUUUGGCCGCAAAAACCAUGCAACAAAACAAGAAAUACUUGCAGGGCUUCCGCCGAGAAAUAUAGCCGACAGACUCGUUGCAAAAUACUUCAACUCAUGGGUCAUGUCCCCGGGUUUGUUUACACGUCAAAUUUAUUGUUUCGAUACUAACUGUGAUUGACCGGCAGUACUUCAUCGGGUAACUUUUCUGAAGGAAGUAAGACUCGGUACUUCCUUCCAUUCAUAUCCAAACACUGAUUGGUAUUUUUAAUUUUAGUACGAGAGAUUUUGGGCAAACCCCUCACAAGCACCGACCAUGUGGAUUGGUCUCCUCUUUGCAAUAUUUUGUCUUUCUGUCAACUUUCAGUUAGUCUCUCAAGAGGACGACUUACUGACCGGCAAUGCUUCACACCCAGCUGCUGAAGAUGCUCAAAUCACAAUCCAGGCUUACAAAGAAAAGAUUGUUCAGUGUUUGAUUUUAGCAAAGUACAUCAAAUCUCUACCCUACACCAUUGAGACUCUUCUUCUUUACCUUGCAGUUGAGCACCUCAACGACAGAGAUGCUCAGAUAGGAACGUACAUUCUUUUUGGGAUUGUUGUUCGAGUUUCAUUGCGAAUGGGAUACCACCGUGACGGAUCUCACACACCCGAUGAUUUGUCUCCAUAUCAAGCUGAGAUGCGGCGAAGGGCUUGGGCGUUAAUUAGAGGCAUUGAUAUUGCCGUGUCCCAGCAAGUUGGACUACCUCGUAUGCUGCGAGAAGAGAUUUACGACACGGCAGAACCCAGAAAUCUCAUGGACGAGAACUUUGACGAGGACAGCCUCGAGCUGCCAUGUUCCCUCCCUCCCACAGUACUUACGCCUAUCUAUUAUAUCACGGUCAAAAAUACCCUUCUUGAUGUAUAUGCAACGAUAAUGGACUUCACAGCACAUACCAAAAAACCUCUUUAUUCGGAAAUAACUCGAUUAGACGCAGAGUUAUGCAAGGUAAAGGAAAACCUUCCUCCGCCUUACCAAUAUAAAUCUAUGGCACAAAGUCUGACCGACCCCACUGAGUUGUUGAUUUUCCGAAUAACGUUCGAGGUCACAUUUCAUUCUGCAAACUGUCAUUUGCAUCGCUCUUUCAUGGCAAUCGGCCGUACCAACCUCGUUUAUAAGAGUUCACGACACGAGUGCCUUGCGAGUGCGAUACAACUUCUUCUUCUUCAACACACCUUUAUGGAAGAGAUACAACCUGGUGGGCGCCUAUCCGAAGAAAGAUGGAAAUUGAAUAGUAUGAUCAAUAAUCAAUUCCUUCUGGGAACGACAAUUCUAUGUCUGGAUGUGAACCGAACACUCGAGGAUGGCGAUGUGGUAGAUUCGUGUAGAAAUAUCCUGGACGAGAAAGACGGGAGGGAAUUGAUAGUCAAUGCAAUGAUGAAAGGAUGGAGGGCUUGGGAAAUGUUAAGUGGCAAGUCUCAGGAUGCAAAGAAGGGGGCAAACGCCCUCAAACUUGUUCUUGGAAAGAUCAAUCAGAAACCAGGAGGGCCCUUUGGAGCAUUGGGUUCUAAACAUGAGAUGCCACGGUACGAUGGGUAUCUCGCUCCAGAACCCGCUGCAUGCAGCUCCAACCCGUCUCUGAGGAGUGAUGACUUUCCAAUAUAUCCGAGCCCUGGGGUUCAAGGCUCGGAUGUCGACAUGAUGUUCAACUUCAGCGACUUCGAUAUCCCAACAGAUGACUUUGCUUGGGUAUGUUCACAUAGUCACUACAUUGCUCUUAUGAAGACUGAUUGUAUAACUAGGAUGAUUGGGAUAUCCUGCAAAGCAUAUCGGGACCAGAAUCGAGUUCAUAUAUGGGGUUGGCCUUUGGCUUCUAA